UAAAAUCUUCCAGCACCAAAAGAUCUAACCGCCAAAUUAAACGCUACUGUUCAAGCUACCAUGGAGGCGUACGAAACUUAUCAGACACCUCUUUCCAGCCGAUAUGCGAGCAAGGAAAUGGCUCAUCUCUUCUCCCCGGCACAUCGGUUCAAAACAUGGAGAGAGUUAUGGCUCAAUCUUGCGAUUGCUGAGAAGGAGCUCGGGCUUCCAAUCUCAGAAGAGGCACUCAAACAGAUGAAGAGCAAUUUGGACCUUACUCCAGAGCAAUUUGAUAUCGCUGCGAAAGAGGAAAAGAAGCGUCGCCACGAUGUCAUGGCGCAUGUUCAUACGUUCGGACAAGUCGCACCUGCUGCCGCAGGUAUCAUCCACCUUGGUGCAACGUCGUGUUAUGUGACAGAUAAUGCGGACCUGAUCUUCAUUCGCACUGGCUUGACAUACCUCCUGAAAUCGCUUGCUGUUGUAAUCUCACGACUCUCGGCGUUUGCUGCGCAAUAUAGAGCACUGCCUACGCUUGGAUUCACCCAUUUCCAACCAGCCCAGCUUACAACUGUAGGCAAACGCGCUACUCUGUGGAUUCAGGAGCUUCUGUGGGAUUUGAGGAACAUUAAACGGGCACGCGACGACAUCGGAUUCCGUGGGGUGAAAGGCACGACAGGGACGCAAGCGAGCUUCCUCACCUUGUUUGACGGCGACCAUGACAAGGUCGAAGAGCUGGACGAACUCGUGACAAAACUCAGCGGGUUCAGCUAUGCAUACCCUGUUACUUCGCAGACAUACUCGAGGAAAAUAGAUGCUGACGUCCUUGCCCCUCUCGCGUCCCUCGGUGCCACAGCGCACAAGAUCGCGACGGAUCUGCGGUUAUUAGCGAACCUUAAGGAAGUGGAAGAGCCUUUCGAGUCGACGCAGAUAGGAUCCUCUGCAAUGGCGUACAAGCGGAACCCGAUGCGCUCUGAGCGCGUGUGCAGUCUCUCGAGGCACUUGAUGGUCCUCCAUCAAAAUGCACUUAUGACCUCUAGUGUACAGUGGUUUGAGCGGACGCUUGAUGACAGUGCCAACCGAAGGAUCACUCUUCCUGAAGCAUUCUUGACGGCGGAUAUUGUUCUCUCGACGCUACAAAAUGUCUGCGAGGGCCUCGUGGUGUACCCAAGGGUGAUCGCACGUCGGAUCGCUCAGGAACUCCCGUUCAUGGCGACUGAAAACAUUAUUAUGUCUAUCGUGAAGAAGGGGGGCGAUAGGCAGGAAGCUCAUGAGAAGAUCAGAGUCCUCUCCCACGAAGCGGCACACCAAGUGAAGAACCUGGGUCUGGAGAAUGAUCUUAUCGCACGUGUGCGAAACGACCCAUAUUUCAGUCCUAUCCAUGAAGAACUAGAGCAACUGCUGGACCCUCAAACGUUUAUCGGGCGCGCACCAGAGCAGGUGGACAAGUUCCUGAAGGAGUGGGUUGAACCUGCCUUGGAUGAUGAUGAGCUGAAAGUGGCAGUCGCGGAUGGUGGUAAGGUGGAGUUGAGUGUUUGAUGAAGCUCUUGAGAAGUUUCAUACGGGGAGCGGUGGCCAUGUCGAUGCCCACAAGAAGUUUAAAUCAUAGAUAUCACGCUCACUAAAUUUAAGGAUGUUCUUGAGAUGCC